AUGGAAACAAGUUUGUUUAUCCAAGAAUGUAAUAAUUUUUGUAAGGAGAAUAAAAAAAGACUUAAAUCUAUAAAUUUUUGUGUGGAAAAUCACACAAUUAAUAUUGUUACAUUAGAGGAAAAAGAAAUUUAUAUUCAAUGGACAAUGCUAGGAUGGACGAUAUUGAGUAUAGCUGGCAAAUCAACAGGGUUUGAAAAAAAAACAUAUGAAAGCUUAGAUACACUUCUUAAGAAUGUUAGUUCAAAGUUUGAUGAACAAUGGAUCAAUGAUUUACUUGAGAAAUUAUUAAAAUAUGAAAAUGUUUAG